CUGUCCUCCAGUGACGUAUUUCCGGCGAGCGGCGCGUGGAGCUUCCGGUCUGGGGGGUCUUUGUUUUAUUGGCAUCCAGGAGCCGCCAGAGACGCAGUGAGCUCGUUUCAGUAUCCACUACGCUUCGCCCUCUUUUUUCUUUGCGUUUAAUCCCUGCCAUCUGGAAAAUGCCCAAACGGGGAAAGAAGGAAGAUGUGAAGACUGGAGCUGAGCCUGAGAUUGAUGGAGCUGAACCAGAAGUUAAGAAGGGGAAGAAAGGAGCAGGUAAAGAAGUGGACCAAGCUGUUCUAUAUGAAGAUGCUCCUGACAAGUUAUCUACAGCUGAUGGCAAGAAGUACACCUUGAAGAUCAGUUCGUGGAAUGUGGAUGGAGUUAGGGCCUGGGUUAAAAAGCAGGGGCUGAAUUGGGUGAGAGAGGAAGACCCACAUAUAAUAUGCCUUCAGGAAACAAAGUGUGCAGAGAAAGCCCUGCCUGCUGAAAUAAAGGACAUGCCAGAGUACCCUCACAAGUACUGGGCCUGCUCUGAUGAUAAGGAAGGGUAUAGUGGUGUUGCCAUGCUCUGCAAAGAUAAACCUGUAAAUGUGACAUAUGGAAUUGGAAUGGAAGAGCAUGAUAAAGAAGGCCGUGUUAUCACUGCAGAAUUUGACUCCUACUUCUUGGUUGCUGCUUAUGUCCCUAACUCAAGCCGUGGCCUUGUGCGUCUGGAUUAUCGUCAGCGCUGGGAUGUUGACUUUCGUGGGUACCUCAAGGGGCUAGAGAGCAAGAAACCACUUAUACUGUGUGGUGAUCUGAAUGUGGCACACCAGGAGAUUGAUCUGAAAAACCCUAAGACCAACAAGAAGACACCUGGGUUCACCCCACAGGAGCGACAGGGCUUUACUGAGUUGCUGGCCGAGGGCUUCAUAGACAGCUUUCGGGAGCUGUACCCCGAUACUCCUUAUGCAUAUACCUUUUGGACCUACAUGAUGAAUGCACGAGCCAAAAACGUUGGUUGGAGGCUCGAUUACUUUGUGUUGUCAAAAACACUGCAACCGGCUUUGUGUGACUGCAAGAUCAGGAGUAAAGCAAUGGGAAGUGACCACUGCCCCAUUACUCUCUAUAUGGCCAUAUAAAGGGAGAGCGUUAUGACAGCUGCUAAACACAUUUUGUAGUAGCUGCUGCUCUAUAACUAUCCAUAUGGCCAUAUAUAGUGUGAAUCGGCAUGUUCUAUCACUACAGCACCCCAUUGUAUUCCUGUGAAAAGUAGGCAACAUCGGUCCACGCAAGUUUUAAACAUGUCAGAUUCCAAAGAUAUUUUGCAUUGCUUCUAUGUAAAAAUUACAUUUCAAACAAAGGGUUGGAGAAUACAGUGUUGUGAGCUCCCAUAAUAUACUAACAUCUUGACUCCAUAUUUAUCAGGGGGGUGGGAGGACUACUUUGUGAAAAUCAUUGUAACCCAUUUAACAGUGAUUUAUUAAAUGCUGUUCCAUAAUCUAGUUAACAAUUAAAGGGAGUUGCUCUAUAACACUAGAAAUGGCCAUAUGAAACAGAUGUUAGCUAUUAAACUCUGUGUGAAUAUAUUACAAUAAUUGCUUUUUAUGGGUUCUUUUCCUGCGUGUGUGACUCUACCCUGCAAGCAGUUUUAUUUUAGGAAUUCUCUUCUACUUUCCCCCAUAAAAUUUCACAUGAUUUAUUUUUCUGUCCUAUCCUAUUUACAAGAGAACUAAAUGUUUGUAAUGUUCUGAUUUCAUUUGUUUUUUAGUGUUCGACUAACAAGCAGUUUAUUGCUUACUAGGAUGUCAUUCAAAAGCUAAUAUUUUGUAUGAAUCUUUUUUUUUUUUUUUUACGCAAGCAGUAAAAUACUAAUAUUUGCCUGAUAACUGAAUAUAGAAUAGUUUAGGGCUUAAGAUUUCAGCUUUUAUGCAGGUAGCCAGGCUGUAAAUUUUACUUGCCACUACAAGCCUGAAAGGUCCAUGGCACACUCGGCAGGAGUAAAUAUCUACUUGCUAGUGGAAAUUUUGAGUCCUGAAAUAGAUUUCCUCAUGGUAUCAUCAAUAUAACUGUGUACUAUGGAUAUAGUUACAGUUCAAGGGCACAUCUAGUGCUAAAUACUCAUUUAUGGGUUGACAGUAAGGAAUUCUCAGAUAUUCUAUGUAUGUUAUGGGGAAUAAAAUAAAUAUUUUUGUUGCACUCCUUUGUUAAGAACAUCAUCAGAUUAAUGUUAAAAUACGAUAAUUUUUUUCUUGGUUUUAAAGUGAAUCUGGCAAUUAUAGUUUUGAAUGGUUAUGUGAGAUGUGUGAUUUUUAUUUACAUUUUUUUUUUUUAACAAAAAAGUUUUGUGAAUGGGGAGUCACUGAUUGGCUGAGAGGGUCAGCUGAGCGCUCUUAGCCAAAAAGCAUCACCUUUCACCUCUUCAGAGCCAGAGAAACUGUCCGCAAGGAUGCAAUGUAGCCAGAAACAACAGAUUUAGCUUUCAACGAUAUCAAUAGCAAAUAUAAGGGUAAGGGAUGUCAAAUCACCUUUUGGGCUGAUUUAAAUAUUAUUGUCCCUUUAAAGAGACCCUAUAGCUCUAAGAUCACCGUUUAGCUUAGAGCAUGGAGAUGCUGAACAUCAGUAACACUGACCCAUUAAGCACUUCUUGUGGUCGUCUUAGUGAAUGUUGCUAGAGGUGUUCCUAGGCAGUAAUUGUUUUCUCUGAAAAGGCAGUGUUUACAUUAAAAAGCCUGCAGGCACAGGCAGUAGACACCAGAACAACAUUAAGCUAUAGUUGUUCUGGUGACUAUAAUGUCCCUUUAAUUAAUAAACCCACAUUAGAGAUUAUAUCAAUGCAGUCUUGAGAAGACAAUUAUCAGAUGCAACAGUCUUUGGAGAUUUUAAUUUAAAGUUUUAUCUACACAUCCAGGUAGGCAACCACUUCCCAUAGUUUUGUUGUGAGAAUCUUGUGCUUUUUCUGGAAAACUAGUUUGUAUAUCCAUGAAUUCAGAUUCUAUACCUGAAAUUUAGUGCUAGUAAAAAUGUUGGAUAGUUGUUUUGUAGCUAAACAAUGUAUACUUUUUAGAUAGAAUUGUUUGGGUUUGGCAGCUGGUGAAAAAACCCACAUUGACAGUUAUUCAGUGAAGUGAGAAUUCAAGGUGAAUUCAAAAUAAUUUUAAAAUUUAAGGUUAAUGUAGAAAAACUGAAAGCAUGGCUGACUUGGAGUUUUUUUUUUUUCUCUCCGGUUUAGUUAUCAUUACCUCAAAUUUGAAAUUUACUUUGAUUUCCUUACUUUAGUGAAUAAGCCUGUUCUAAAAGCAACCUGAUUUACAUGGUAUGAAUACAUAAAUAUAUAGAUAUGGCUCACAUAAAUGCCCUUAUUCUUAAAGGAACUCUUUAAGCACCAUAACUAUUACAGUCCACUGUUUAAGAGUGGUUUGGCUUCUUACCUGGGCUUUUCUGCAGCCUAUUAGCCAUCUCCUCUGAGCCAGCCCGACGUUGCACUGCAUUGUUUGGGUCCAGCUCUCUGGUGCUUAUGGAAGCUCCUUGUAAGAGCUUUCAGGCUCCAGAAGAUAAGCCGAGUAGAUCCUACCUAAUUUUUCUUACUGUUUUUAAAUGGUUUGACUAUGUACAUUGUGAGGGCCCUAGGGUACCUCUGGCACAAUAACCACUACAUCGGUUAUGACGCUUGAAGUGUCCCUUUAAUGGGUUUAAUUGAGGAUACAUUAAAUAUGAAAAACUAUUUGAAACCUACUUACAAGCCAGCCAUCUAAGGUUUAGAUUUAACAUAUCCAUGUUGAUAGAUAAGUCUAGGGAAUGCUUUUUGCUGUUGAAUGUGAUCUUAUCAUAUUAUCUUUGUCCUGGAACUGAAAGUAUUUUAGAACUAUUGUCAAAUUUAACUGUAAAUUAUCACGGUCACAUCUGAAAAACAUUUUUGGUUUGUUACUUGAGAAAUAAAGAAGCACUGGAAAUUUAAA